GCGCGGCGGGGCGUCGGUAGGGACGCCAGCGACAGGAUGGGUGGCGGAAACUCCUGGGAGCCACUGGGCCCCGCAAGGCGGUGACCUGGAAGAAGGGCACUUUGGCUAAGGUGACAGGGGCAGGCUGUUGUGGUGGCGAAGGGAGUGCAGAAAGCCGAGGAUGGCGACACAGUCUGAAGGUAGAGAGCCUGCUGGAGAAGCAGUACUUCAAAGAAACCCUGAUGCGACUGCUCCAGAUCCUUCCCGGCCGAUUCGUUUCCCAGCUGUGUUGUGGACUGAAGCCUCCAGCCUCCCCGCGAAGCAAGAUCUGCCUCAUCAUGGCUCGUCCAAGUUCAAAUAUGGCAGAUUUCCGGAAGUGUUUUGCAAACGCCAAGCACAUAGCCAUCAUCUCAGGGGCUGGCGUUAGUGCGGAGAGCGGGGUUCCAACUUUCAGAGGAGCAGGAGGUUAUUGGAGAAAAUGGCAAGCCCAGGACCUGGCGACUCCGCAGGCCUUUGCCCGCAACCCAUCACAGGUGUGGGAGUUCUACCACUACCGGAGGGAGGUCAUGAAGAGCAAGGAACCCAAUCCCGGGCACCUGGCCAUUGCCCAGUGUGAAGCCCGGCUACGUGACCAGGGCCGACGGGUUGUAGUCAUCACUCAGAACAUCGAUGAGCUGCACCGCAAGGCUGGCACCAAGAACCUGCUGGAAAUCCACGGGACCUUGUUUAAAACCCGGUGCACCUCAUGUGGCAAUGUCGCUGAAAACUACAAGAGUCCAAUUUGUCCAGCGUUAGCAGGAAAAGGGGCUCCAGAACCAGAGACCCAGGAUGCCAGAAUCCCAGUUGACAAACUUCCCCGGUGUGAGGAGGCCGGAUGCGGUGGCUUGCUGCGACCUCACGUGGUGUGGUUUGGAGAAAACCUGGAUCCUGCUGUUCUGGAGGAGGUGGACAGAGAGCUCGCCCUCUGUGACCUGUGUCUAGUGGUGGGAACAUCCUCUGUGGUCUACCCAGCUGCCAUGUUUGCCCCUCAAGUGGCCUCCAGGGGAGUCCCAGUGGCCGAGUUUAACACGGAAACCACCCCAGCCACCAACAUAUUCAGGUUUCAUUUUCCAGGACCCUGUGGGACAACACUUCCUGAAGCCCUUGCUCCUCAUGAAACUGAAAGGGUUUCUUAAUUGUCCUGUGGAAAGAGGAGAAGAUUGUGUAGCACAUAACCAGGGCACUAACAGGAGAAGAGGUUUUGUGGAUGACAAGCUGAACUUUGGAAAACCUAAAAAUACUCUUUGAGCCCCUAGAGGACAAUCUGUGAAGGGACUGGGCAUCAAAACACCAAGAGCAAAUGUGUUUUCUUUGGAAAGGCUGAUGGACUGUCAAGUUCUUCCAUCUUAUUUGAUUUCAACUGAAAUAUGAGUAUUUUGGAUUUGCUGUUCUUGGUCAGUUAUUAGGAGGGAAAAAUUUGUACUUAAAUUGCUUGAGAAAAAGGUGAUUAUACAAACUGUUUGUUUGUAUCUUGGGCAAAAAUAGAAAUAGAGAAUUAAAACCCUAAAAGUUAAACCCUAGUAAAUUUUUUGGCACACAUUUUUGUGGAAAUGAAACCAUCCUUUAUAGUUGGUAAUUUAUUGUAUAAGGAUGCUCUUCCAAGAGAUGUCUUUGUUGGGGGCUUCUUUUCCCUUUUCUUUUCAGUACUUACUUCGCUUGGAUGCCUUACCUUAAAGAAUAUGCAAGAACUCAUGCAAGGCAAGAAAAGGAACAACCAAGUAGAAACGUCAGGAUGAGAAAAAGAAUAAUGCUAAUCCAGGACGGAGCAGAUGAGCUGCCUCUGAGGGAAGGAAGUGAUGGGUGAUCAUUGCUGAAGGUCACAGAUGGAGAGCAUCGUCUCUGCUGGUCUACAUCAUCACUCAAUGUCAUAAAUGAAGGGGAACAUCAUCUCUGCUGGUCUACAUCAUCACUCAAUGUCAUAAAUGAAGGGGAACAUCAUCUCUGCUGGUCUACAUCAUCACUCAAUGUCAUAAAUGAAGGGGAACAUCAUCUCUGCUGGUCUACAUCAUCGCUUAGUGUCAUAAACAAGGGUAUGUGGUUUCUACUGGUCUAAGAGCUCCACUGGAUCCUGAGAAUGACCUUUUUACUUUGCACUAUAAUAGCAAGAAUGCUGCACUGUCUCUGAACCCCACCUGCUGAUGCAGCCCUGGGCUUGAACUGUGGCAGGGAUGUGAGGCCUAGAGAGGAGCAGUGGCCACUAGCGAAGAGGAUAAAGAUCAUACAUAAUGCUCUCCCUUGGGGCCAGUUAGUUCCUCAGGUCACGAUGCACCCGGGCUGCCUCCCCUCAGCCCGUCUCAGAACUCCACUUAUUUUAGUACUUCAGGCAUCUUUCAAUAGUUACCUUUCUCAUGGCUGUGACCAAAAUUCCUGACAAAAAUUAAUUUAAAGGAUGAGGGGUGUAAGUGAAGAAUGCUUCUUCAUUUCCUGGCCGCCCAGACCCAAAUAAUAACACAGAAACUAUAUUAAUUACAACACUGUU